AUGGCACAGAUCACCUACACCUGGGCCUUUAGUGCGCCUGGCACGCAGGCACAGCCUGUUGGUGAUAUGGAGAAAGCACCGGAACGCGUAGGAGAAGGCAAAACCAUGCUCAAGGACGAAAACAACGAGUUGACCUCAUUAGCAGAUGCACUUGAUAGCACGCGUACUGCUCUCAAUGACAUUGUCACGGCUUGGAAAGACGCCGUGGGCCCUGAACAAGACUCGACCAAGGGGCGAAGCAACAAGGCACAACAAGCAGAAAACAAAGAAGACGAAGACCAGGAUUAUGAGGAUGAUGAUGACGACAACGAUGAUGAUGUCGAGUAA